AUGGAAGCUGAAAUCACACCUGUCGUGAUAGAUAAUGGAUCAGCUGUGUGCAAGGCUGGAUUCGCAGGUGAUGAGGCGCCACAAGUCGUCUUCCCUUCUAUAAUGGGACGUCCCAGACAUCAAAUAGUGGUUAAAAUGGAACAGAAAGGCUUGUACGUUGGAGAUGAGGCUCAGUAUAAGAGAGACAUGCUCACACUACAUUACCCUAUCGAGAGAGGUAUUGUUACAAACUGGGACGAUAUGGAGAAGAUCUGGCAUCACACCUUCUAUAGCGAGCUUCGAAUCUCACCCGAGGAACAUCCCGUACUCCUCACUGAGCCUUUCUUGAACCCAAAAAAUAAUAGAGAAAAGAUGACGCAGAUUAUGUUCGAAACUUUCAAUACUCCAGCUAUGUACGUAAGCACCCAAGCUGUGUUGGCACAUUAUGCAUUCGGCCGUACUAGCUGUGUUGUCCUUGAAAUUGGUGAUGGUGUUACCAACAUUGUACCCAUUUAUCAGGGUUAUUUUCUCCCUCACGCUGUCAAACGAAUUGACAUGGCCGGUCGUGACCUUACAAACUACAUGAUGAGAAUCCUUACCGAGCGCGGCUAUUUUUUUUCUACCUCAGCCGAACGUGAAACAGUCAGGGACAUCAAAGAGAAGCUCUGCUAUGUUGCCCCCGAUUUCAAGCAAGAACUUAUCAUGUCUAGUCAUUCGAGGCUAUUGGAGAAGAACUAUGAAGCUCCUGAUGGGCAGAUCAUUACGUUAGGAAACGAACGUUUCCGCUGUCCUGAAUUACUCUUUGCGCCCUCUUACAUCGGAUCAGAUUCAAAGGGAAUCCAUGAGACCACAUACAAGUCUAUCAUGAGCUGUGACAUUGAUAUCAGAAAGGAUCUCUUCUUCAAUAUUGUCGUAUCUGGUGGCACUUCCAUGCUUCCUGGAAUUGCCGACAGAAUACAGAAGGAAAUCAAACACUUGACACCAAGCACAACAAAAGUUAGAGUCACUGCCCCACCUGAAAGGCAGUAUUCGGUUUGGAUUGGUGGCUCCAUCUUUGCUUCUCUGUCCACAUUCCCGCAAGUGUGGAUUACAAAACAAGAAUUCGACGAAACUGGCCCUUGUAUCGUCCAUCGCAAAUGUAUUUGCUGA